UGAUCCCUACUCCGUGCUCGACUGCUUUAGCCUGGGUGUUGGAUCGGUUUUUUUCGAUGUUGAUUACGCUCCCCUGAACCAGCUAGGUAGGGCCUUGCCACUGAUGGGAGUUUAGGGUGCAUUUCACUACGUUACCUCAUCCCUUCUAAGUCUAUUAGGUCCAUCCUACUAUUAAACAUAUUAGUAAACCAUGGCAGACGACGAAUUAGAUGUAAUUAGGCGGCAAAGAAUGGCGGAGCUACAGGCAAAGCACGGGGAUGCUGCAAAUAAUCAGCAGCAAGGAGAGGAGGCCAAGCAGAGGGAAACAGACAUGAGGAACUCUAUACUGGCUCAAGUUCUCGACCAGUCUGCCCGUGCCAGGUUGAACAAUCUUGCUUUGGUGAAGCCGGAGAAAGCCAAAGCAGUUGAAAACUAUCUCAUUCAAAUGGCUCGAUUUGGAAAAUUGGGAGCAAAGAUUUCGGAAUCAGGCUUGAUCGAGAUUCUAGAAAAAGUCAGUCAGCAAACAGACAAGAAGACGACUGUCAAAUUCAACAGGCGGAAGGUGAUGGACUCAGAUGAUGAGGAGGAUUACUAACUUCAAACAUGAGCCCAGGAACAGGCCAAGAAAUUGGGAGAGGAUAUGCUUCACUGGGACUCUGAUGCUAUCUUUGACCUGUUAGCUGAAUCUGGGAUGCCGGACUAGCUUCUGUGUGUCUCUGGAAACCACAUUAUCAAGAGGGAAGAACAAUGUGGAGUUGACAUUGUGAGGGGGAUGGUGGGGGUAGAAUACACACACUGUCAAAUAAGGGGCUCUUUUGCGAUCUCUUUUCCAUCAAGUAGCUACUAAUGUGCUCUGCUUGUGUUUUACCCCUGACUGCUCAUGGCAUUGUUUGACUCCUUUAGUCCCUCUCAAGUUUGAAGUUUUUUGAAGUAGUUACUCUCUUGUUCUUUAUUUUCCCCAGGCUUGACUUCUGUUCCUCAAUCACAAGAAGCUAGACAAAAUGCAAAACACACUGCUGCUGAUUCAAUUUGUCUAGACUGUGAAUACAGUACAUUGUUCUCUGGUCAGGGCCAGCAUCCCAUUAGCUUUGGAUAUUUUCUUUCUGCUAACAUGUAUCGUAAAGGUUUACAUAAAACAAUUUUAAAAAAGCCUUACAUUUCAAUGUUUGUUUUCUAGUGAACCACUUCUAAAUUUUGAAAAGGUUUGUAUUUGUUUUACAAAGAUUAUUUUCCUUUGGUCAAAUCAUCACACUGUAUCCUCAUUAGCAUAGAAAAGGUUGACUUACUGUUUCUUUAUAAAUGAUUGACUAUUUCUGCUGAAAUUGAACAAUUUCAAGAGUUAAAAAAUUGCCAGGUGUAUCCAACAACUUUUAAAAAUAAAAAACACAACGUAGAAACGUGA